AUGUCCCGUCGGGGUGCAAACGCGCCCCGCGAGGCAGAUUGUUAUUUAAAAUAUCAUUGGAACGGUGCAGUAUCGAGUGCAACGGCGAUGGAGCUCUGUCUGCGCCAGUUGGUCGUGCCCGGGGCGUCCGCCCGUCGAGGCCUCACGCGGCCCAAAGGGGGGGGUGCUAGGGGAGGGCAGUCCCCUCCUCUCGCCUGCCCGUCCGGAGGCACUGCCGCCCCGCACACGCUCUCCCUGCCGGAUUACUAA